GACUGGUUGCAGAUGGAUGGUUCCUUCAGUUUAUUUCCAAAAUGCACUCGAGUGUUGUUAUUUUCAUGGUAAUUUUGUCUCACGCACUGAGCAGUCCUAUACCCUAUUUCGACUCAGAUCCUCUAUCCCCACUCACGGUGGUAUCUGACCUAAACUCGCGUCUGGUGUCGCACUCCAAGCGGCUGCAAGGUCAGGAUGCUCGGUUGCCUUUGCCCACGCCCCAGGACUUGGAAGCCAUCAAGAAAGUCGCUCAGAUCCUCGUAACCUUGGGACAACAGGUCAUACCAGCAAUAAUAGGCGAGCCCCAGACAAGCACGCCGACAAUGGUGAUAGAUGCGUCCAAUGAUCCCGUCAACGAGAAGACAGCUUUAAACAACAUAAUGACUACCAUAUAACUUAACCAGGAUGUUUUAAGUUUUAAUGUAAAUAGAGCUUUGCGAAAUUAUUUGACAUUAAUCGAAUAGUGUAGCAAUGUUAUCGUAUGAUCCCAGGUUCUAUAUCGUUAUUCGAAUAAAGAAAUGAACAAUCACAUUUUGGAAUUAAAAUAAGUUGGGUGAACAGUAAAGUUGCUACACUUCUAUAUUUACGGAUGCAAACGAGAUUUAAUGCUACGUUAAAAUGGCUGGGAUGUAAUACUAUAGAAGUUAUACCAUGCGUAGAAUUUGGCAGAAAACCAACCACUUCUUCUAACCUUGUUUCUUUCCCUAAAUUGACAAAGUUACACUCGAUUCACGUAUUCCGAACGUUGUUUAAUGUUGCUGUCGUUUUAAGAUAGUGAUCCAUAGCCUGUUACCCACUGUUAUUAAUUAAAGUGACUAAGGUUUCAUGAAGCUCUGUUUAUUAAUUAUUUACUGAAUAUUAUGGCUAUCUGCUUCAACGAUGAUUCAAGAUAGAUAUUAAACUCCAGAAUUAAGGCUCAUUAGAUGUGACUUUUAUAUGUUAGGAUCAGAUAAUUAUUUUAUAGUGUGUGGGAAAUAUAAAUAAAUAUAAUGGUUGCAAUUUAA